CAGAGCGUGUGAGUGUGUGAGUGACACUGACAGAGCAGGAGCGAGAGGACGGGGACACAGGCCGGGGUCCGAGCCCGGACCGGACUGGACCGGACUGAAGGAGCGUUUAUAUAGGGAGUAAAUUUAGGGUCCAGCAGACCGACCUCCAUCCGGCACGCGCUUCCUGCGCUCCUCCUCCGGAGCGACUUGAGGGACCCGGGUUUAAAAAGGAGGAACUGAACUGAGCCGAGGGGCAGAGAGAGUGAUGAUCUGAUGAGCCGAUGAAGAGGACGGAGACGGGCUGCUGCAGACUAGUGUGGACGACAGGAGGAGGACAGCGGCGGCGGUGUGUGUGUGCAGUGUGUGUGCAGAGUAGAAGAGAGUGUGUGUGAGUGUGUGAGUGUGAGUGUGAGUGCGUGUGUGUGUGUGUGUCGAGGAAGCGCAGCCGCUGUGAUGUCGCUCGGCGAUACAAUGUUACCGUCGAUCUGCACGUUCACACAGCAGAGGGACUGGAGCGUCCAGAGUAGGUGGAACCCGGAGCCCCACACUGACAGGUACGCGUCCUGGGGCUGCGCGCUCCUGCGCACGGCAGCGCACGCGGAGCCCUGCUUGCCCACGCCCACGGGAGACGCGGACGAGCUCAGCUCCUACGUGGACCUGGACUUCAUCCUCUCCAACACGGCGGGUCACGGUGCCGGUGCCGGUGCCGAGAGCGUGACGGUGACGGCGCACGCUCAGCUGUUCCCGAGCGCGCCCCCUCCCCCCCCGUCGUACGCCGGCUCGAGCCUGGUGGCGGAGCUGCUGCGGCCCGAGGAGGCGUGCGGCAUGAUGAAAGCGGAGCCGUGCGCGGACGGGUACGGCGCCGCGCUCGGUCCCGUGCUCGGCAUGGUGCCCCUGAGCCGCGCCACGGUGAAGCAGGAGGGCAGCGCCGCGUGCCUGCGCUCCCUCGAGCAGCCGCGCGCGGCCAGCUCGCCGCACGCGGCCGGCAGCAUGACCCCCCCGCUCAGUCCGGAGCAGCUGGUGAGCGCGAGCUGCCAGCCCCGGCGGCGGCAGCGGCAGCAGGAGCAGCAGCAGCAGCAGCAGCAGCAGCCCCCCGUGGGCUUCGCGCACGGCUACCCCCCCUGCCGCCCACAGCCCGGCGCUGCGCUGCAGGUGUGCUUCGCGGGGGCGCGCCCCUUCGCCGCGUACGAGGACGCGCUGGGCGCGCACGGCGCCGCGCACGGGAUGCUGCCCACGCCGCCGCCGUCGCCGCUCGAGCUGCUGCUGGAAGGCAAGCCGAAGAGGGGCCGCCGCACGUGGCCGAGGAAGCGCGCGGCCACGCACACGUGCACGUUCGCGGGCUGCGGAAAGACGUACACCAAGAGCUCGCACCUGAAGGCGCACCACCGCACGCACACAGGUGAGAAGCCCUACCACUGCGGCUGGGAGGGCUGCGGCUGGAAGUUCGCGCGCUCCGACGAGCUCACGCGCCACUUCCGGAAGCACACGGGCCACCGGCCCUUCCAGUGCCACCUGUGCGAGCGCGCCUUCUCGCGCUCCGACCACCUGGCGCUGCACAUGAAGAGACACCUGUGAAGGAGAGCGGCCCGUUGCCAUGGAGACCGACUUUUGUUUUGGUUGGUUCUUGCUCUUCUUGUCGUUAUUCUGCGCCAGAUCUGGGACCUGGUUGGUGCAGUAGCUGGUUCUACUGGUGCUGCUGGUCCUGCUGGUCCUGCUGGUACUCCUGGUACUCCUGACCCGCGGGUACUAGGCCGGGUUACGAGGACGUUUCUGCCGCCCCCAGCUCGGACUCAUCCCACGCGUGCAACAAGUCGACGGCACAUCAUCGACCGACAUUAUCAUUACUAUUAUUAUUGCUGUUACUGUCACUAUUAUUUUCAUGAGCCGUUAGAAACGGCCUUUUAUGCCAAGGAUGCUGAAUUUGUAACCGUAAGGACCAUCCCGGCGACAGCAGCUCCUGGUCACGCCAAACGUCAUCUGGAAAUACUUUGUUUCCUACUGUUUACAUGACUUGUAUGAUGUAUUUAUUGUAAAUAUUAAAGUAAG